AUGGAGGAGCUGAAGCAGUUGAUUGUUAUGGAAAAGUUCAUGUCGAUGCUCCAUCCGGAACUCAAGGUCAGAGUAAAGGAGGCAGGAAUAAAGGACCUUAAAGCUGCAGCGGACCGAGCCGACAUGCUGGAGGAGUCCACGCCAAGUCCCCAGCCGCCCACGCCAAGUCCCCAGCCGCCCACGCCAAGUCCCCAGUCGCCCACGCCAAGUCCCCAGCCGCCCACGCCAAGUCCCCAGUCGCCCACGCCAAGUCCCCAGCCGCCCACGCCAAGUCCCCAGCCGCCCACGCCAAGUCCCCAGCCGCCCACGCCAAGUCCCCAGUCGCCCACGCCAAGUCCCCAGCCGCCCACGCCAAGUCCCCAGUCGCCCACGCCAAGUCCCCAGCCGCCCACGCCAAGUCCCCAGCCGCCCACGCCAAGUCCCCAGCCGCCCACGCCAAGUCCCCAGUCGCCCACGCCAAGUCCCCAGCCGCCCACGCCAAGUCCCCAGUCGCCCACGCCAAGUCCCCAGCCGCCCACGCCAAGUCUCCAGUCGCCCAUGUUGUCGAACAGACUGCAUACGUAUUCAAGACCUGGGUUUUCCAAGGUUGGUGAGAGAGGCGCCCUGGCCGGGGCGCGGAGCCGCUUGGGCGUCUUCCUGGACGACGAGAUCUCCGCCUGGGCCUUCUUCACCUCCGUGGCUGAUGGCACCUUCGCUCUUGUUGAGCGGUGUUACACCACUCCCACUACUGCCACUCCCACUACUGCCACUCCCACUACUUCCACUCCCAUUACUGCACCUCCCAAACCUGCCACUCCCAAUUCUAUCACUCCUAAUACUGCCACUCCCAAUUCUGCCGCUCCCAAUACUGCCACUCCCUCUAUCGCCACUCCCAAUACAGCCACUCUAACUACUUCAACUCCCACUACUGCCACUACCAAUACUGUCACUCACAUUACUGUCACUCCCACUUUUGCCACUCCCAUUACUACCACUCCCACUACCGCCACUCCCAAUACUGCUACUCCAACUACUGCCACUUCCAAUACUGCCACUUCUACUACUGCCUCUCCCACUACUUCCACUCCCACUAUUGCCACUCCUAAUAUUGCCUUUCCAAAUACUGAAAACUCCCACUAA